UAAUAUUCAAGGCAGCUGUAUGGUGGAGGGCCUGGGUAUCGGAGUCUAAAACGUCAGACUGGACGUUACUAUUUUUUUUUAAGGCAAAUGACAGCUCGUUUCUCACUUGUAAAACCGGGGGAACAUCCUAUCGUAUAAACCUUACACAAACAGAAAGGAUUCCCAAGGACUGAGAAAAUACUGUUUUGCUGACCCCAGGAUGGCAUAUCAGCAUCCGUGUCUUUUAGCUCUUAAUAACUCUCCAAAUAGUCAGAGAAGGAGCCAGGCUGCAUGAUCACGCACACUCUGGAUGUCUAGGCUUCCCGACCUAAUAAGGGGGCAGUUCACGUAGUUCCGGUUUAAAUUAGAGACCACCUCCACCUGCCAAGGGCCCUUCAAACCUUCCUCCCCUAAGUCGCUAAAGAUCCCCGCUUUAGUUCUGGCUCCAGGCGCCGCCUGGCGGCUGUUUCCGUAAGUCGCCUGCGAGCCUCGGGGUCCUGACCGCUGCUGGGCCUGCCCGAGGAUUUGCCUGACUCUAGAGAACCUGCCUCUGCCCCUCCCCCACUAUACGUUGAGAAUUUUAAGACGGCGAUGAAAGGGCUGAGGUUGUGGCGACGGGGGCGUCCAGCGGCCUCUCCACUUUCCCAAGAAUGGCGGAGUCAGGCCGUCGUCGGGCAGCUCUCGACCCGGAAGUCGCCCGAGGCGCGAGGCCCCCGUUGCCGAGCGCGGGCGCGGGGGGCGGAGCUCGGCGGAGACGGGGAAGGGGUCGCCGCAGCUCCAGUUCCUCGGGUUGGGGGCUCCCUCGGACGCUGCUAGACAGACGGCGAGUGCCCAGCGCGGGUGGCCGCGGUGUCCUUGGGCCACGGUUAGCCGCAGUCAGAGGCGACAUGAGUGCCGCCGGGCUGCUGGCCCCGGCCCCGGCCCCGGCUGGAGCGACGCCGGCCCCCGAGUACUACCCCGAGGAGGACGAAGAGCUGGAGAGCGCCGAGGACGACGAGCGCAGCUGUCGGGGCCGCGACUCGGACGAAGACACUGAGGAUGCUAGUGAAACUGACCUGGCAAAGCAUGAUGAAGAAGACUAUGUAGAAAUGAAAGAACAGAUGUAUCAGGACAAACUGGCUUCUCUCAAGAGGCAGUUGCAACAACUACAAGAAGGUACAUUACAGGAAUAUCAGAAGAGAAUGAAAAAACUAGAUCAGCAGUACAAAGAGAGGAUACGGAAUGCAGAACUCUUCCUCCAGCUAGAAACUGAACAAGUGGAACGAAAUUACAUUAAAGAAAAGAAGGCCGCAGUGAAAGAAUUUGAAGACAAGAAGGUUGAGCUGAAAGAGAACCUGAUUGCUGAGCUAGAAGAAAAGAAGAAAAUGAUUGAAAAUGAAAAGCUGACAAUGGAACUGACUGGAGAUUCUAUGGAGGUGAAACCUAUCAUGACCAGAAAGUUGCGGAGGCGACCAAAUGAUCCCGUCCCCAUCCCAGACAAGAGGAGGAAACCUGCUCCAGCCCAGCUAAACUAUUUGUUAACAGAUGAACAGAUCAUGGAGGAUCUGAGAACAUUAAAUAAGCUUAAGUCACCCAAGAGACCAGCAUCUCCAUCCUCUCCUGAGCACUUGCCUGCAACACCCUCGGAAUCUCCAGCCCAGAGGUUUGAAGCUCGGAUAGAAGAUGGCAAACUGUACUAUGAUAAAAGAUGGUACCACAAGAGCCAGGCCAUCUAUCUGGAGUCAAAGGACAACCAGAAACUGAGCUGCGUGAUCAGUUCUGUAGGAGCCAAUGAGAUCUGGGUGAGGAAGACAAGUGACAGCACCAAGAUGAGGAUCUACCUGGGCCAGCUUCAGCGGGGGCUCUUCGUGAUCCGCCGGCGCUCGGCUGCUUGACUCUACAGUGCUCUCCUCUUGACCCUUUUUCUGGAGCGGUUUUAAUUUUUGUUUUGUUUUGUUUUCUUCUUAAUAGAAAAACAUUAACUUACUGGGAAUAGCUACUUGGCCUUGGAAAUGGAGAGCACUGUCCGUGGAUUCCUUAAGGCACUUUUGUGGCCGGCCACUUCCAUCUUUGUGUCAGUCUUUUCUGCCUCAACUUCUUCCAGACGUCAGUCACCUUGAGAGUGUUUUACUUUCAGGAGUAUUGGGGGUUUGAUUUACUUUUCUUUUAUUUCUUUAUUUUUUGCUUACACUUGUUUUUUGAAAACCUCCUUUGCGUCUGAAGGGACAGCCAUUUUGAUUAAUUAUCUUUAGGUCUCUCUACCGUAGAGAAGAACAGGAAGGGAUACACUCUCCAGUGCAUUUCAUGUUUUGAAUCUGAUUAGUGGGUCACGUAGCUACUUUCCUUGUCGAGCCCAAUUCACUAUUUCACCAGAAGCUUGGGGCAGGGGUCCUAGCAGAAGAAGAUUAAUUCUCCUGGCUCUCAGCCUUCUUGGAGAAAUAAAGGCUUUGUGUAACAUCUGGCGCAUGCCAUCCAUUCCACUGGCCGAACGGUGGGAAAGCUUGCUUGGGAGACUAUGUGCACUGAAGUAAAUGGGGUUGGGGAGGGAACGUUUCAUAUUUAUAAUGUGCUGAAGGUACCAUAUUUUAAAUGUUAUUUAAUGCAGGCGAUUAACUCAAACAUUUGUUCUAGCUUAAGCUGGAAUAAGAAGCGGUCAUUUCAGAAGUUUUCAUUUGUAAUUCCUUCUUCUCCCUUGUUCUCAAGUAGGUAGUAGUUGUAUGUGCCAUGGGCUGAUUAUCUGGGUGAUCUUACGGGUGGGAGGUGAGAUGGAUAGUGCAGUCAUCAGUGAUCUGUAGACCUUCAUGUACGACUGAAGUUUUGCUCCUGUGGCUGUUGCUAUCAUUACACAUUGGCCGUUCCAAAUCUGCGGAGAACUUUGUUGUCAGGCCCUGAGCACUCACAGCUUCCCAGGGGAUUUGGCCCAGCUUGAAGACAAAGCUCUGCCUUGGCUGCCUCUGAACUGACACCCUCCCUAAUGAGUCCUGAUAAAACAGCCUUUCCUGCAUCCUCCCCUUGUUCCCGUGAUGGGAGAAAUGAUUCAUUGGGUGAUGGGUGUUGGGGUUUUCUAUACUCAUGUUGCCAUCUUGAGAUGUUUAAAAAAUUUGGGGUUAGAGCAGCUGUUAGCAUCUCUAUGGGCAAUCAGUAGAACUUACACAUUCUAGGAAAUCUUUCUUUGUAAGUAAUUCUCUUGGUCUCAAGUGAUUCUCUUCAUGUCUCUUGAUGUACAUACCCCAAAGCAGGUUGAGGGGCUGUGAUGACAAUUAAAUCACCUUCUCUGAAGUUCUGGCUCCACAGAGACCAAACCUUACUGAUUCAGAGUAAAGACUUGUACAGGUAGAUUUUUGUUUUAACUUACAAUCCAUUUUUUCUUCUCACUUUUUUUCCUGGUGUUGGACUCUUAUUCAGAAAACAGGAUAAAUGACGCUGUUAUCAAAAGUUGCCUGGGCGUUCUGUUUCUUCUCUGCCCUCCAGCCCCCACUGCCAUGACGUUUACCACAGUGCACCAAGGCCACGGUGAACACAGGCCUCACCUGUACUUGUUUGCUGGCCUUGGCUGUGAGGCAGGACGUCCUUUGCUUGAACUGUUGCACAUGCAGGGUGUGUGUCACGUCGCAUAUCAUGCAGCUGUUGGUUUUCAUCUAGUGCCCUGUGAUGGAAAUCAGAUAUAGUUCAUGUAUUUUGUCAUUGAAGGUGGGUAUUUUCAGUGGUCCUCUUUUUUGUCCUCCUAAACAGUAUACCAAAGUUUGUUUUUAUUGUUGAGGAUUGUGUUGAUAACCACUGGGGUUCUGCACUGAAGCAGCAACAAGUCGCCUCUUUUCCUGGCCUUCUCUGGUGGGACCUCUGUGCUUUUGUGAAGCAACUAUUUACUUGAAGACCAGGGUAUGGGCACUUUUGCCUUCUCUCUUCUCUGACUUUUGAGGGCAUUGAGGCCAUUCUUAAUCGUGGUCUCGACUCCACCACUGCCCUCUCCUUGGUGUCCUCACAGCCCUUAGUUGGGCCUAGUGAAAAUGGAGGCAGGUGUGAAGUCCACUUAUGACGCAUCAUAAUAAAUUACAUUUCUAAUCCCAGAGGACUUAAUCUUUCAUUAUGUCACCCCAGAGGUGGAAAAUCAGUGGUUGAACUGUUCUGACAGGCCUCAGGUGACAGGAACAGAAGCAGCCUUCCUGUUAGUUGGGGGUACUUCUGUGGUGGGCAGAAGCCUGACUCAAAGGGGAGACAGACUUCGAGGCUCCUAGAUGAGGCGGCGGCUAGCUUCUAGCCUGGGUGGCCAUUCUUACUCCAGAAGGCCUUUGUCUCUCACUAGACCCCAAGGCACCGAAUGAAUUGCCAAGUUUAAACUGUUUCCUGCAAGUGAUUACUUUGAACAGGGUUGGUCCAGACCCUUCUGAUCAAGAAGCUGUGCAUGUGUGACGUGAGAGGCAUCUGCCUCGAGUCUGUGUACAGUGAUUGCUGUGAGUGUGUCUCAGUAUUCAUUUUUACCUCUGCUUGGGGGUUUCGUGUGUUUCCCCUUCCCCCAUGCCCUGCCCACCCCCAUUUCCCUGAGCCAGUGUCCUCUUGAACAAUUUCCAGAUGGAUUUCUGUAGCUGUACCAAAGCCAGGGUGUUUUCAUUCAUGCAGAUACCAAUAUUUGUAGAUGUCUAACUUAACUUUUCUUUUUGAACUUCUAAUUGGGGUCAGUGUAAGAUCGAUUUCAGAGGCUGAUCUGCAAAUCAAGCUUACGUGUAUUUGUGUAUGAGACCCUGUGUUCAGGACUGGGUGGCUUUUCUAAGAAAUAUGGGGUUUAGAGUGGGGUUGACUGUAUUUUUUAACCAAAUUCUGGAGAGAAGUUUCUAUUUUUUACAGUUUUUUGGUUUUGGCUUCCUUCUAACAUUUUCCUUUAGCCUUGAAUUUUUACUAAAUAAUUUUCUCCUGAUUAAAACUUUUUUUCUCAUCUGGGAAUUUGAAAUCUCGGUGCUUACUAUGACACCAAUUUUUCCAAAGAGUUGAAAUCACUUUAAUGCCGGAACAUGGUAAAUUUGCAGCCAUUUCAAGCAGCUGGUGGUCUUUUUUAUAAUAUCAUUAACGGGUACCAUUAAAUAUUCUGAGAGGUGAAUGUAAAAUAUAAAAGGUAUAGGGUUUUUUUUUUUUUUUAAUAAACUUUCAAAAAGAAAACCAGCAUGAAGUCUGUAUUGUAUCCAUUGACUUGAUAAAUGAUAGAAAUUUAUUUUAGUUUUUUGAUCCAUUGCUUAUGGGGAAAGGAAGUUAGAGCAGAGGAAGGGAUAUUCUAGACGUUUAAUUCUCAGUGAAGAGCAAGAUACAGAAUGAUGUCAGAAAGGCUAAUACUCAGUUUUGUAAAGAGUGAGCUAGGGGUGUUGACCCUUAAAUGUUGUGCACUCUUUCUUGUUGCAGAUAAAAGUAAUUAAAAAUCGAGUAAAUAAAAUGGAUCUUGGGUGGAAAAAACAACCUUGAAAUAAACUUGUGAUUGAGGAUACUGU